UCUCCCUCUCGCAGUCUUGCUCUAUGGGAAAACAAAAUUUUCGGAAUCAGAUGUUGUGUUCACCUUGUGACUGACUUAAGCUCCUCCCCGCCAGCAGCGUGCGGCUCUCCUUUCCUCUCUUCUCGUUCAGUCGCCGUUUCUAUUCUUUGCUGUGCGGCUGUGAGCGGUAAUUAUGGCUGAUACUGAUGCGGUGGAUGAACGGUCUCCACUGUUAUCAGCAAAUAACUCUGGUAUUGUCACUCCUACAACGCCUUUGUACGUCGAGGAGCCUAGUCCUCGUGGAGAACUUCCACCUCCUUACAGUCCUGUGGCUAGUCCUGAUGUUGGAGGAGUUCCAGUAAUAAACUGUCGUGUUUGUCAAUCCCUGAUAAAUUUGGAGGGCAAGCUUCAUCAGCAUGUUGUUAAAUGCACUGUUUGUAACGAAGCCACGCCAAUCAAAAACCCUCCAGCAGGAAAGAAGUACGUACGAUGUCCAUGUAAUUGUCUCCUUAUUUGCAAGGACACAUCACGACGUAUAGGAUGUCCAAGACCUAACUGCAGACGCAUAAUUAAUUUGGGGCCAGUGAUGUUGAUCCCAGAGGAGCAGCCUGCCCAGCCUGCUGUGCCAAUCCAACCUGAAGGUACACGUGUGGUGUGUGGACAUUGUGGGAAUACUUUCCUGUGGAUGGAAGUUAGAUUCAACACACUGGCAAAAUGCCCACACUGCAAAAGAAUAUCAUCUGUUGGUAGUGCAUUGCCACGAAGGCGUUGCUGUGCAUAUGUAACUGUUGGAAUGAUAUGCGUUUUCAUUGGAGUUGGUUUAACUGUUGGGACCCAAGAAUUUGCAAGACAUUACACUGCAACAUAUGUUUCCUGGGCUUUUGCCUAUCUCCUAGGUCUAAUCUGCCUAAUUCGAGCUUGUUAUUGGGGAGCAAUAAAAGUUAGCUAUCCUGAGCACACCUUUGCAUAGACAAAUCAGUUAUCCAGUGCUGAAGAUCCGAUGGUCUACAAAUCUUUUUAAAAAAAGGACAUUCUCAAGUUAAUGGAAAUCAGCUUUAUAGACUGAUUAGGUCCAAGGAAUAUAAUGGUGUCAGAAUGUGCACAUUGCACUAUGGUUUAAGCAAGUGUACGUUUUGUUGCUGCUAGAUUGCCAUAUGCUGAAGACAAAUGUUGCAUAUAUGUCGCUUGGAAUGUAUCUCAUUUUUGUCUUGGUUAAUCUUUGUCAUACAAUCUUUGUUGAAAUUUGCUUUUUCUGGUGGUGGACAGAACGAAGGAAUGUGAUGCAACAAUUUAACUCAAUGCAUACACCAUUGAAAUAUUUCUGUCCAGCCUUGAUGUUUUUAAAUUACUCCUAUGAAUCUGAACAUUUGAACAAAAUUGCAUAAUAGCUGAGCAAUAAAAAUACAUUGCAUUUUCAAUACUUUCAUACUUUUGCAUAGCUGCUUUUUAAAAUACCUGCAUUGAGAGUGUCAGGAUAUUAUGGUGGCAAUAGUAAAUGAUAGUAACUUGCUGUAUCAUAUUUAUCUUAUUGUAUAAUGCACAUACCAUCAUUUUGAUUAAGCAGAAAUGUGUCAGGAAAAGAUUUAGUUUUUGCUAUUAUUAUAGUACAAUGAUCUACUUUAAAAUUUAGAAAAUAAUCAGCAUUUGAAUGUAAUAUUUGUACCAAACUAAUCACAGAUACAUUAACUGUUGCUUUGCUGAAGUGCAUGCAUCCUUUUAUAAAUAAGAUAAUAAAACACACAAACACUUGAGUGACUACUGUUACUAAUUUAUGACAAAACAAUGAAGAACAUCAGAAUGUGUUAUCCUUUAAUUAAGUUUGUGUCCUACACGUUCUAAAAUGAAUAUUGUAUUGUGGUCAAGUGGAAUUCAGUGAAUUACUUGUGUGUGUUUGUUUAUAACUGCCAUGUUUCCCUCGUUCAAAAUGUCCCCUUUACUGUGUUCACCACACAAACUAAGCUUGUUUUCUCACACAUGUAGCAUUUGCUGUGCUACACACUCUAUCCCAAUUUAACCUAAUCUACAUUUUAUCAUCAUCUCCAUCUCUAAGCACAUAUGUCCUGCAUAAAUUCACUUCUGAAUUGGCACCAAUCCUCAUGCUUUCUUUCUGCAGAAACAAAACAAAGCAGAGAAGGGCAUUGAAGAAGCUUUGAAGUAAUAAAAUGGGUGAAGGCCAAUUACU